UGUUAACGGGCUCGCGCACCGCCCGGCGUCCCGCCUCCCGCGGCCGGCCCAGCUCCAUCUUGCUGACAGGCAGGUUGUGUGUGCUGUGACGCCGAGGUUCCGUCAGAAUGUCAUACCCAAGCUAUCCGCCCAGUGGCUACCCACCUUUCCCUGGAUAUCCUCCUGCAGGUCAGGAGUCAUCUUUCCCCCCUCCGGGUCAAUAUCCUUAUCCUAGUGGCUUUCCUCCAAUGGGAGGAGGUGCCUACCCACCUGCACCAAGUGGUGGCUACCCCGGAGCUGGAGGCUACCCAGCGCCUGGUGGUUAUCCAGCCCCUGGAGGCUAUCCUGGUGCCCCACAACCUGGCGGAGCUCCGUCCUACCCUGGAGGCCAGGGAUUUGGAGCCCCACCAGGUGGAGCAGGCUUUUCUGGCUAUCCACAGCCACCUUCACAGUCCUACGGUGGUGGCCCAGCCCAGGUCCCACUACCUGGUGGCUUUCCGGGAGGACAGGUGCCAUCUCAAUAUCCUGGAGGACCAUCUCCUUACCCUGGUCAGAUCACUACAGAGUCCUUUUCUUCCUAUCCUGUUUUCUCUCCUGUUUCUUUGGAUUAUAGCAGUGAUCCUGCUGCGAUGACUCAAGGCACUCAAGGAACAAUUUACCCAGCUGCUAACUUCGAUGCCAUGAGAGAUGCGGAAAUUCUCCGUAAAGCAAUGAAGGGAUUUGGGACGGACGAGCAGGCCAUUGUGGAUGUGGUUGCCAACCGGUCCAACGAUCAGAGACAAAAAAUUAAAGCAGCUUUUAAAACCAUGUAUGGGAAGGAUUUAAUCAAAGAUCUCAAGUCAGAGUUAAGUGGAAAUAUGGAAGAACUGAUCCUUGCCUUGUUCAUGCCACCUACAUAUUAUGAUGCCUGGAGUUUACGGAAUGCCAUGAAGGGAGCGGGCACUCAGGAACGUGUACUGAUUGAGAUUCUGUGUACAAGGACAAAUCAGGAAAUCCAAGAAAUUGUCAGAUGUUAUCAGUCAGAGUUUGGACGAGACCUUGAAAAGGACAUCAGAGCCGAUACAUCAGGGCAUUUUGAGCGUUUGCUGGUGUCCAUGUGCCAGGGCAAUCGAGAUGAGAACCAGACUGUAAAUUACCAGAUGGCUCAGGAGGAUGCACAGCGGCUCUAUCAAGCUGGGGAGGGGAAGCUAGGGACAGACGAAUCCUGCUUUAACAUGGUCCUCGCCACGAGAAGCUUUCCUCAGCUCAAUGCCACCAUGGAGGCUUAUGCCAGGAUGGCUAAUCGAGAUUUGUUAGCGAGCGUGGGCAGUGAAUUUUCUGGAUACAUUGAAAGUGGCUUGAAGACCAUCUUGAAGUGCGCGCAGAACCGGCCCGCCUUCUUCGCUGAGAGGCUGUACCACGCCAUGAAAGGGGCCGGCACCGACGACUCCACCCUCGUCAGGAUCGUGGUCACCCGGAGUGAGAUCGAUCUUGUACAGAUAAAACAGAUGUUCACGCAGAUGUAUCAAAAGACUCUGGGCACUGCGAUUGCUGGUGACACGAGUGGAGAUUACCGGAAGUUGCUUCUGGCCAUUGUUGGCCAGUAGGCGGGACAAAACCAGGACAGAGCUGCAUGGAGCAAUACCUGCUGUCACCUAACCAAAAGAGCUUUUCACCCAGGACUGCGGUGGGAUGGUGUGCUUGAUGUGCACAUGGCAUUGCCUUAAUUUGAAUGUUGUUUCCUUUAUGUAUAAUCAUCAUAAGCCAUAACAUGGAAUAGAAUUUUUGUAACGUUAAGUCUUGAUUCUUGCUGCUGUCACUACAGUUAAGGUGUUAAAAUGAAUAAAAUCACAGCAAUAUAAUCCCUUGUUAAAUAAUUGAGUAAUUUUUACAAAGGUUGCUCAUCACCUUUACCUUGUUAGUGCAAAACACAAGGAAAAGGCGCUGUUAAAAAGAAACACUGAUCUGGACUCCAGCCGGCUGGGUUUGAAAACAUGAUUGCCAGUUCAGCAGUGGGAGGGGAAUGAAGUGCCCGUAACAGCUUCCAGCCUAUGAUGACUGGUUAUCUAUCAUUUUUUUAAACAUAUGAACCUAGGUCUAUGUUGUACUUUAUUUAAAAGUUAAAAAAUUUUAAAGCAGUGUGAAGUUUGCCCAGAUAAACAGGAGCAGUUCAUCUGAAACUUGAGCAGACCGUAAGCUAUUUGGAGAUUACAGACCCUUGCUGGUGUCCUUGUGACUCUGGUGUUCAAUCCCGAAGCUGACUUUAUUGUGAUUUCCUGGGGUGUGGUAGUAACCCCCCAGUGAACACUGUGUGGUACUGUGUGAGCUGUGCAGGCAACAGCAUUCUAAACGAAUGAGAUUCCAGUAUAAAGUGUUAUGUAUAUUAUUUGGUUACCCAAGUGCUCUUAACUGGCUUUCAGGAGCUGAAUAAGAAUCUUGUUGUCUCCUCCCUCUUUAUCAACCCUAAUCUUAAAAAUCUGGGUGGGCAUCUGGUUAUUUCUAUACUCCAUAUAGAUUCCACAGGACAUGGGAGAAGCAACAACCAUCUUAUGUGUUAAAUGUCAAAGGGGAGAAAUAAUUACCUCUUGGUGGUGGCAUAGCAAGAUAAUCUUUUGCCUGUAAUGCCGGUAUCCCAUAUGGGUGUCGGUUAGUAUCCUGGCUGCUCCACUUCCCAAUCCGGCUCCCUCUUGUAGCUUGGCAAAGCAGUGGAGCAAGGCUCAGGUCCUGGGACCCUUCCCCUGUGUAACAGGCCCAGAGGAAGCUCCUGGCUUUGGAUUGGCUCCAGCUAUUGCAGCCAUUUAGAGAGUGAGCCAGGGGAUGGAGGAUUUCUCUCUUUGCUCUGUCACUCUGCCUUUCUAAUAAAAAAAAAUUUUUUUUAAGUUUUAAAUGUAUUUCCACUUCAUCUGAAAGUCAUACAGCCAGACAGGUCUUCCAUCCAUUGGUUUACUCCCCAGAUAUCCCCGACUGCUAGGACUCUGAAUCUCCUGUGUGUGUCCAGCCCCACUCUGAGCUGCCUGCCAGGGUACACAGGAGCAGGAAUCUGCAUUGGACACACAGACUUGAACCAAGCCCUCCAGUGCAGGAUGCAGGCGUCCAAGUUCUGUCCUCAUUGCUGUGCCAAAUGCUCACUCUGAAAAGUGACCUUGAAUCUUUAGGUAAACUUCUAUCUUCUCUUCUGAGUUCUUUUCAGAACUCUGUUGCUCUUUAUGAGCUAUUCCUACUUAUGAAGGGCUUGAUGUGAUUGCUGCCUUGUUAUAUAAUAAAGACUUUUAAUGCCA